UUUCCUUGACAAAACUUGCAUGGUCAAUCCUCAUGGAGAAUCUACCAACCCGAGAGCGGUCCGGUUCGAAGAGCUGUGCCGAAUGUUGUUUUCGAAGAGUAAAGUGUGUGUUCGACGGCGACAAGGCUGAGUGUCAGGAGUGCAGCAAACACUCCCUCACCUGCCAGCCGCAGAAUGACGACUCAUCCCCCGAAGGCAGAGAUGACAUGCCUCAAGAGUUCUCGCGGUUUGCCAGAAAAGUUGAGUCACGAAUGAUUCUUCUGCAGACUGCAAUCGAACUCUUGGCUCGCAGACUUGACGCUCAAGCUACUAGUAGCAACCGGGUUGACCACAAAAGCGCGCCAAGCUACCGGGCUGUGAGCGAACCAUUCGAGAUAACGCAGACACCACACACGCGUUUGACGGCAUCACUUCAGGGGCUUGUACCCGACCAGUCGGUUCUGACCAGGAUUCUGCACCACAGUAGCAGGUUCACCCAGAAUUGGGCGAGCUGGCCUCUAGCAACGGUGUCACACCAAUACGAGCAGCAAGACGAUGACUCUGCCGCUGUCAACACAGUUACCGUGCUUGAUGCUGGAUUUCCAACAGACGUCGAGUCAGCUUUAGCGUUCAUUGAGAAGUCAUUGUCCCCAAACCGCCAAAAACCACCAGAACCUGGCGCUGUCGCAAAAUGUAUAGUCUGGCUCUGCCUCUCUAUCAAGGAGCUACCGAUGAAGUUCAAAUACGCCGACAAUCGAGCACCAGCACCCUUUGAGCCAAUGCUACUUAUUUCCAAUUGUAUCGACAAAGUUGAAUCUCUGUAUAGAAUCAGCUCAACACCGGUCUGCAAUAUCGACUUUGUCCAGGCCCUUCUCCUCCAAGGCGAGCUAUCCCUCGCCAUAGGUCGCCCGACGAAGGCAUGGAAGUGCAUCAGGACUGCCAUUGAGAACUCCAUGCUCCUGGGGGUACACCAGGGCCGGUCUAGCCUGCAUCGAGCCAUUUGGGAAGAGUUGUGGAUUCAAGACCGACAGCUUUCACUCUUCCUCGGAAUGCCUCAUGCAGUCCCCGCGCAACUGGGGCCCAGGAUUUUUGAGGAAAAAUACCCCCUCGCAGAAAAGCAGGCUGUUCGCCAGAUAGCCAUGCUAUCAGGUCUUCUUACAAGCCAAACCCUGAUGAAAGAAGACACUACUAGUGCAACCAUCACACGUACCCUUGAAGAGCUGAAGGAAUUGAACUACAUGAUCCCGGAGGAUUGGACGAGAGGACACCUGAAGUAUGUCCCCUAUCUUCCGCAGGCCUUCAUCCGAGCCAAAAUCAAGAUCCUGUAUCACUCGUUUGAGCUCAUGCUGAACUGGCCCAAAUGUCAACUGUCAAACAUGAAUCCUGGGAAAGUUGAGGACUUUGAGCCGGCAAGGAAGGCGAUCCUAGCAUCAGCACAGGAGAUCAUAAAAGCGCAAGAAGCCAUGAGAGCCCCGGAACUCGAGCAGGAGACGGUGGUGAGGGCUGACUUUGUGGAUUUCCUUGCUUUUAAGGCUGCGCUUCUUAUGAUUGCUGUCAUUAAACACAGGGCAAACCCCAUGCCGGAAGAAGAGAGCAAACCUCUCUGGAAGAUGAUAGACGAGCUGGCAGACAGGUUCCAGGAGACGACCAAGGUAUAUGACGAUAUGUUUGCCAAGCAGGCUUGCCUCGUCCUCAAGAUUCUGUUUUGCGCAAGCGAAAAGGAUUAUAUCUGGUGUGGAGCGUAUGAAGCAGUGAUCCCCUACUUUGGGAGACUUCAGACUCAAAGAGUCAUCAUCGCGAGGGACUGCAACAACCCCAGCCACUCUGGGAAAAACCUGGCCAGAAUAGCUGUCGUGAUGGAGUCGGAUAACGUCGUUUUUGGACCGCGGUUUGAUCGUGUCCCGGAGCUGGAACUCGCAGCGGACUGGACUCAGUUGGGACGUCCAAGGGUCUAUGGAUGGAGAACAUCUUUUGACUUUGAAUGUUUGACUCUUCAAGGGUUUUAGGAUGUGUUCUGGGCACCAAUCCGUCAAUAUAGACAUGGAACUAAAUAUUGGUCAACUUUAUGACAUAAUGAGACGUUUUUCCUUAUACAACUUUUGCAGAACCUUUUAUCCAG